AUGGACCUGCUGUCAAAGCUGCCCAUAGAGUGUCUGCAACUCAUCCUCCUGGUGCUCGCUCAGGAUCGACAAAACGGCGCCAUUGCUGCCCUCCUCCAAACCAACAAGUACAUCGCCUCAAUCGCCCUGCCCUUCCUGUACGAAAACCCCUAUCGAAAAGGCAUGCACUGCUACAUGUCCGCCCAGAAAACCAGAUCAAGAAGACGAUCCGAUCACGUUCUUACCUCUAUGCUCCUCCACCAGCUCCCUCUUGAUACCCUCCCUCCCGCCAUAUCUUAUAUCCUCGAAACAACCAACCCAACCCUUCCGAAACCACUCGACUACGCUGCAUGUAUUCGCCAUCUCUGCCUACCCUCAUGGGCUCUUGACCUAGAUUACUGGCCCCGUGGCUGUUAUCACCGCGAGACGCUCGCAUACAUGGAAGGCACCGAGUUCACACAGUUGUGCAGGGACCACAACCUACUGCCCUGCUACGAACAGAGCCUCGGGACAGGGUUAGAUAUCCUCAAGUACCACUUCCAGGCCAUUAUCUGGCGUCAAGCCUGCUGGUCCCUUGCCGGUCCGAUUCUCGAACAGCUCCAGUCUCUCACCAUCCCGGUCUUUGAUCUCGACCGUUACUCCGCUGAAAUAUCUCGACUUGGGAAUCUGGAGCACCUUGAAUUUGCGCUUGAUGACAUUGUAGAUUACAGCGAGGAGGGAUACUUUGGAGAGGAUUUAGUCACAUACUUUGGAGGCGAUUUGGUCAUGUCGCCACAGUUUGAGAGCGAGACACGUGAACGGAAGGAGAGACGAUUGCGUACGAUGGUCCAGCUUGUCCGAGAUCACGCCCAGCUCUUCCCAGGUCGCCUUAAGACCGUGAUUUGUUCCGACGCCGAAAUGUGGCCCGACGUGAACCAGACGUGUCCUGUCGAGACCAAGCUGGAGAUACUUCGGAUCCUGCCUCCUCUCAAGUCACCGACUUUUCUGUCCAAAACCAACUUUUUGCAUGUCUCGGCCCAUCUCCAGUCGACGGAUCUCAGUCAGGUUCAGGAAAUCACCGAUAUGGAGUCGCCCCCUUGUCUGUGGUACGACGUUCAUCGCGACGGGCGGGAGUUUCUUCAGAGGUGUCGCGCUCUGAAGAGUAUUCACAUGGACACACUUGGCCCAGGAUCGUUCGCAUGGGCAGUUCAGGAAAAGCAGGAUAUGGAGAGCCUUGGAAGUAACAGCCACAACACCAACAGUAGUGUUCAGGGUGGAGUAGGGCCGCCAUCGUUGCAGGAAUCACGGCCGGCAUACCUGGAGCAUGGACUGGUGCCGCUGGAGGAAUUCAACAUUCUAGAGUCGGACGAGCCCCUCUCGGACGAAGACGACAAUAUCGUAUUCGCCUUUAGCCAGACCCUCAAGAAGCUGACCAUGACUGCUGCCACAUACCAGGAGCUGCACAUGCCUCGGAUUCUGCAGGUUGGAGGAGGAUGGGUGGACCUUCCUUUCUUGACGACACUCUACAUCAGCGCGGCUUGGAACCGACUGUCAUUGGAUACGCAGUUGUACAGCCAUUGUCCCAACCUCACUCUGGCUUCGUUCACAGACAACACCACUCGGUAUCGAUGUCGCGAUAUCAGGACAUGUUUUGCAGCGGAGCUCCCUAGACUCGUUGAACUGGAGCUGAAUGGAUGGAGUGGAUUGACAUUUCAUCCGGCGACGCUUCAUUCUACAGUGGCGCUCAAGAAGUUGUGCAUUGCGAUCGGACGAGAUGAUGUCGAUGCAUACUUUAUCCCGCCCCGGACGGAGCUGGACCGAUCGUUUGAGAGUGACCUUACAGGAAUGGAAGGUAGUGACGGUGACGGUGACAAUGGUGGCGCACCAAUUCAAGUGGCACAACAAGGAUCCAGGAUGGGUCGACCAAAGUGGACUUGGAAUUGGUACUUGCCUCAGUUGACCUCGCUCAUGCUGACGGGCGAGUUUGCGUAUCGGUUCCAAUUCAGGAUGCUCCAGGGAUGUCCGUCGUUGGAGUCUCUGAUCCUGAACAUGCGUUUGACCGAGCGGAGUGAGCAGUUCACCCGGGUUUUGUCGAGAGCCGAUCUCCUUAUGCCAAUGGUGACUGACAACACCGGAGAAGAAGGGCCAUUAUCGCAGGAACAGCAAUAUCAGCAGCAGGAGGGAGAGACCAUUGUGGCACCAGCACUAAAGGUCGUAGAAUUGACGGGGCCGUGGGUGAUUGGUGAUGAGCUUGUGGUACAAUUUUUCAUUCAUAUGCUUCCGAGUCUGACGGAUCUGGAGGAAGAAGGAGUGACGGGAUAUACGCUUAAGAAGGUGUGUGAGGUGUUGAGGUCGAUGCCGAACAAGAUUGAAGAGUUGAUUUUGAGUCUUCCUGAGCCCUCUGAGGAGAGUGCCAAGGAGAUGGGUCUGGUUGGUGAGAUGUAUGAUGACGAUGAAAACGAUGGCGAUAGCGAUGUUGGAUAUGGACCCUACCAAUGCAGCUGCAGCUGCUUCUUGUUCUUUUUCUUCCCGUCGUCGGUGGUUCGAGAACGCAUUGUAGCGCCUCAGAUCCAGACUUUGACAUUGCGCAGUGACUGGGUCUCCUGCGAUAUGACCAUGUCGCAGUUUUGUCGGUCUCUUAGGCGGAUGGAUGUGUUUACACUUGGCAAGGAAAGCUUCAAGUGGGCGGUUCAGGAAAAGCAGGAGCUGGAUUGUAUUGGACAAUCACGACCGGCGUACGUGGAACACGGGUUGGUCCCGAUUGAGGCUUUGAGCAUCAGAGAGUACAAGAUGCCACUUACGGAUGGAUAUGGUCGACAUUGUACACGCCUUCAAUCAGACCUUGACACAGCUCCUAUAUUGUGA